CUGUAAUUAGAGCGGUUGCCUGCAGAGUCGGAACGCGUUGUUUCGUUUGAAGCGGUUGGCAGAGCCAGGCAUUUCCUACAACACUGUAGUGAAAGAAAUAGCAAAUUAAAGCGUGCGAAAGUCGAACUACGCAAAACGGAAGUAGCAGUUCCAUGGCACGUGCUGCUUUUAACAGCUUUGAAAACGGAUCCAGAAAUAUCAGAGCCAUAAACCAGAUGUGUCCCCCCACAGAUGCAAAGGCGGUUAGCAUAGUAAACGGAAUGGUCAACUACUGGAGCCGUUUCCUUCCACGGCUGGCCGAUGUGACGUUACUGUUUCGGAAGUUGACCUAUAGGGGUGAAGCUUGACACUGGGGCUCUGAACAAGCAAAUGCCCUUAGGAAGAUCAAGGAAUUAAUUACCAAAGCGCCUGUCCUUGCCUACUCUGAUUUGUCGCUUCCAUUAGAGAUUCAGUGUGACAGUAUCCAAUACGGCAUUGGAUCUGUGCUUAUUCAAAGCGGUAAGCCUGUCCAUUUUCGCAGUGGCACGCUCACAGGGGCCGAGCGUCAUUACGCUGGGCCUCGUUUACGACGUAUAACGCUUCAACGAUUGUAUGUUCGGCUGCAAAACAACUGUCUUCACUGACGACAAGCCACUUGUAUCCAUCGCUAGUAACGCACUCAAUGUCGCUCCACGCCGUCUGCAAAGGAUGCUCAUUUGUCUGCAAAAGUAUGACUUGGACCGACCAUGAUCCCAGAUACGUUGUCAAGGGCCCACCUGUCAGAUACAUCGGGAAUGGAAGAAGACCCGGAUUUUGUCCACGCAACACAGCUGCCCACGGUCACUAAGGAACGUUCACAUCAGCUCCAACGGUGCACAGAAGAGGACUAAGAGUGCAAACUAAUGAGGCGGAGGUUAAUAGACGGAUGGCCAGAAGACAAGCAAAAAUUGCCCAAAGUGUCAACUCUGUUCUAUCAUUUACGCGAUGAACUCAUCACCUAACAGGGUUUAAUAUUCAAGGGUAACUGGCUAGUGGUUCCGAAGGCAUUGCAACUUUCAAUGCUGCAAAUAGUAC